AUGCCCGUGCGUGCCGUGUCCACCAGGUUCAUGUACAAGGGACUCUGCACUAUUCCAGAUGUCCUCGCCUACCGGACCCCGGUUAUCCUGCCUGAGGAUGAGGUGGAAGAGAUCCGUGAGGCUUUCAAAGUAUUCGAUCGUGAUGGGAACGGCUUCAUCUCAAAGCAGGAAUUGGGGGUGGCCAUGCGCUCACUGGGCUACAUGCCCAACGAGGUGGAGCUGGAGGUCAUCAUCCAAAGCCUUGAUAUAGAUGGUGACGGUCGGGUUGGCUUUGAUGAAUUUGUCACGUUGCUCGGUCCUAAACUCUCGGCUGCUGGAAUGCCUGAUAAGUUUCAUGGAGCAGACUUUGAUUCUGUGUUUUGGAAGUGUGACAUGCAGAAACUGACUGUGGAUGAGCUUAAGAGACUUCUUUACGACACGUUCCGUGACCAUCUCACCAUGAAAGACAUUGAGAACAUCAUUAUGACUGAGGAGAGCCACCUGAACAGUCCAGAGUCCCAUGUGGACAUUGACACAAGUCCAACUCAACAGGAAAAACACACGUGUGUACGUAAAAGCCUGAUUUGUGCCUUCGCCAUUGCAUUCAUCAUCAGCGUUAUGCUCAUUGCGGCAAAUCAAAUGCUGCGCCGAGGAAUGAAAUAAAUGCUACACCAGCUGGUUACAAAGAGAUUUAAAGAGGGACGGUGGAAAUUUAAACAUGAACCAAAAAUGCUGUUUUGGGUUUUGCUCAAUGUCUUCGUCACGAUGAUUUUGUCACAGCUUCUCUCGAUAAUGGACACAAUGAUGUCGCGCAGUGGUUUUGUGGGACCGCAAA